CGCAAUAAGAGCGCUGCCCCGGACAGCGUGCGGCGGGCGCCGCUGCAGAGGUGGUCGGACUAAAGGCUUGAUGGAGCUGGGCGGAACACGGCGGGCAGCGGCCCUGAGCCUGGCACUGCGGCUGCUGCUCGGCUUCGGACUUGGCUUGGAGGCUGCCCUGAUCCCGACCCGGACCCAGACUCGGGUCCAGGCCGCGGGCCCCAGUGCUGGCUCGUGCCCACCCAACAACUUCCAGUGUCAUACCAGUGGCUACUGUGUGCCCCUCUCUUGGCGCUGUGAUGGGGACCCAGACUGCUCCGAUGACAGUGAUGAGGAGGAGUGCAGGAUUGAACCACUGUCUGUUCUUCCUUGUUCCUGUGACAACAUCAGCGAUUGCUCUGCUGGCCCUGGUGGCCCUGACAAGCUUCGCAACUGCAGUCAUCAGCCUUGUCAGGAGGGCGAGCUGCCUUGCACACUGGGCAAUGUCUGCAUCCCACACACGUGGCACUGCGACGGCCACUCAGACUGUCCUGACUCCAGUGAUGAGCUCAAUUGUGAAAGCAACACAGAAAGCAACAGGAUCCUCCAGGAAGAGACUACCACGACCACAGGGACUCCUGAGACCCUGGAGAAUGUCACCUCUCUCAGGAAUGCCACAACUGCCUCUGUUGGGGACCCAUCUGGAAACCCAAGUGCCUAUGGGAUUAUUGUAGCUGCUGGGGUGUUGAGUGCCAUCUUGGUUUUGGCCACCAUCCUCCUACUGUUGCAGCUCCGAGGUCAAGGUUAUCUGCCCCCAUCAGGGCUGUUGGUGGCCGUGAAGGAGUCCCUGCUGCUGUCAGAAAGGAAAACGUCCCUGCUUUGAGAAUAAGCAGGUGCCAUCAGAGCCCCAGCGGGGGCCGUGCAGGCAGCUGCUGCCUUCUCAGCCCCCAGAGGCCUGGACUCUUUUGGCCAUAGAGAACCAUGACUUCGAGCUUCUUCAGACAUGGCCCUGGAGUUUGGGGAUUCUGAGACACUCUGCUUGUAUGUGGGGAGCUCGGACGGAGAACAUGCCAUAGUUGGGACUGAAGGGCAGGCCUGGGGCUGCUCCCUCCAAAUGGGACUACCCAGUGCUCAGACACUCCUGCUGCCCACACUGAUGGGUAGCGAUUAAAGUUCCUUCACUUUCUCUGCCUGCCUCUGGGCCUCUGUUUCCCUUGGCCUGGGCAGCCUGGAGUCUCUGUUGGAUCCCGUCUCUCCAAGAUAGAGCUCCCAGCUCAGAAAACACAGGGCCGUGUUUUGGACACAUCUGCAGCUACCCUGUGGGAAGCGGGGUUGAGUAUUGAGUCUAUCUGCAUUAACGGUGGGCUUCACCGAAGAACACAACUCAGGAACUGCCUCUUUCCCAGAGAUGGGAGGCUCCCAUCCACAUGGCUUCCUCUUAUGUGACAUGAAAGUUGGGUGUCUUCAUUUGGACUAUACUCUAUUUUGUUUUUUAUGAAUUAAAAAAUUUUGCUAAUUUUC